AUGGCAGCUGUAGUUUUUAAGUGUCUUGGUUUGCAGCAGAAAGCGGUGGCAUAUUCGCGUGUGCAGCUUGUGUCUGCCUGCCAAUGCUGCACGAAUGUCUGCUGCACAAGUGCUGAAGGGAAGGACACUGGUGGUAGUACUUGCCACCAGCAUCAGCAGGCGAGAGCUUCGGACCUGAGCGUCUCUGGCAAGGGCUCAGCCUUUGAGAAAUCAGACAACAAAACGUACCUCUGGGCAAGUGUCAAGUGUAACCUCAGAAUGGGUGUGUGUUGUGUUUCAGAUCUUCUUCCUCCUGGUGUCUGUAACCUCCUCAAUCCAGCUUCAAUAUAUGCAAACAAUGAGAUCAGUCUGCAAGACAUUGAGAUCUAUGGCUUUGACUACGAUUACACACUGGCCCAGUAUUCUAGUUCCUUACAUACAAUGAUCUUCAACACAGCCAGAGAAAUCCUCAUUGAACAGUACAAGUAUCCAGAAGGCAUUAGGAGCUAUGAAUAUAUUCCCAGUUUCGCUAUUAGGGGUCUUCACUAUGAUGUGCAGAAGGGCCUUCUGAUGAAGAUUGACGCCUUCCACUAUGUGCAGUCUGGAACAGCAUAUAGAGGGUUCACACCAGUGGCGGACGAGGAGGUCAUUGAAAUGUAUGGGGGCACCCAGCACAUCCCUCUAUACCAAAUGAGUGACUUUUAUGGCAAGGGUCCCACCAUUAAGCAGUUCAUGGAUAUUUUCUCUCUCCCCGAAAUGACUCUACUGUCCUCUGUGAACGAUUAUUUCAUCGCCCGCAACAUUGAGUUUGACCAGGGGCAUCUCUACAAAGACGUUACUGAUGCAAUCCAGGAUGUUCAUAUCAAAGGACUGAUGUACAAAUGGAUAGAGAAGGAUAUGGAGAAAUACAUUCUUCAUGGGGAUGAGACGUACGCUGUCCUAAACAGGCUAGUGAAUAACGGGAAGAAGCUCUUUCUCAUAACCAACAGUCCUUUCAGAUUUGUUGAUAAAGGGAUGAAGUAUAUGGUUGGGAAGAACUGGCGGGAUCUUUUUGAUGUGAUUAUCAUCCAGGCUGAGAAGCCCAGCUUCUUCACAGACAGACGCAAACCAUUCAGGAGACUCAAUGAAAAUGGAUCCCUUCACUGGGACAAAAUCAGCAUGUUGGAAAAAGGGCAGAUCUAUAGACAGGGUAACCUGUUUGAUUUCCUCCAGAUGACAGGCUGGAGAGGAUCAAAGGUGCUUUAUUUUGGAGACCAUCUUUACAGCGAUCUGGCAGAUCUGAUGCUUCGACAUGGCUGGAGAACUGGAGCGAUCGUCCCUGAGCUGCACACAGAGGUCCGGAUUGUAAACACUGAGCAGUACCUGCACACCCUGACCUGGCUGCAAGCCCUCACCGGCCUGCUUGAGAGGAUGCAGGUGCAUCAGGAUGCUGAAUCGCAAACAAUUUUGAAGGAAUGGAUGAAGGAGAGACAUGAGCUGAGGUCUGUGACAAAGAACCUGUUCAAUCCUCAGUUUGGAAGUAUUUUCAGGACCUACCACAACCCCACCUAUUUCUCCCGGAGGCUAUGCCGCUUCUCAGACCUCUACAUGGCCUCCAUCAGCUGCCUGCUCAACUACGACCUGCAGUUCACCUUCUACCCCCGGCGCACCCCCCUGCAGCAUGAGGCCCCCCUCUGGAUAGACCAGCUGUGCACUGGCUGCAUGAAAACGCCCUUCCUGGAAGAGAUGGGACAAAUCCGGUAAAGGUGUGCAAGAGGCAGGCAUUCAGAUCAGUGUAAACCAGUCAAUAUGGAUAGGGAAUGACUGUGAAUGUCUCUCCUGCCUCCUCUUUCUAGAGACUGAAGGCAGCUUCUUACAGCUCUUUACUGUUAAAUCUUAAAGAACAGGGAGAGUUGUAUGUUACUGUAUGAUGACAGAAACCGUAGGAGAUACGCAUGAUCCUUGCAUCAGUCCAGUCCUAACAGCAGUGUUUCCAAAGAUUGUUCUUUUUUGGAAGUUAUAUUUUCAGCUACUUUAUGAUAAUUAUGUCAGUUUUUUUUUUUAAAUAUACUGUAUAUUUUAUAUAUAUAAUUGAAAUUUAGUGCCACUUUCAAAUCAUGAAUUGCCAUGCAUUUAAUGCUGAUAUAAACUAGUACUGUAACAUGGUUGGUUUUGCACCAUGGUUUUAUAAAAUGUCUAAUUUGAAUAGGAUUUGUUUUUGUAAUUUAAACCAAACAAUUUAAAUGAGUUAAAUCAAAUGACAGUUUAUUAGAAAAUAAUUGUUUUCAGAAAAGGGAAAAGAGUGACCACACUACAAUAUAUUUGACUAGAUCCCUUCACUGGAAUAAUCUAGUUUCUGCACAUUGGUGCUGCCAAUCUGAAGACUUACAGGAGAGGGAAGAGUCAGAAGACUCUUCUACCAGCACUUAUUGUCUUAGUCUGGCCAAUUCUGUAAAUUGAGUGG